GAGUAAAGCUGUAUACAAUGACGUCCCUGUUAUCAUCCACUUUGAGUCUCAUAAGGCUCAACACGAGUCGUAUUCAAGUACAAGAUAUCUAUCGGAACUGUGUAGCUUCUUCCUCCCGAACUGCGUCAUCAUGGGUAGGGUUGGAUUCACUCAAAUCUCCCAAAGGUGCAAAUGUCCCGAACACACGGUACGGUAGAGGACAAGGUUCUACAAAAGGUGGAACUUCAGGUAGAGGUCAUAAAGGUCAAAAAGCGAGAUCGGGGAAUGGAAAACCUAACGCAAGGUUUGAAGGUGGACAAACACCUUUACAUCGUUUAUUCCCUAAGAGAGGUUUUGUAAAUUUCACCGCCAAAACUUUCGCUCCCCUCAAUAUCCCAAAACUACAAGAAUGGCUUCUCCUCGGUAGAUUAGAUCCUUCUAAAACAAUAACAACCCAUCAUUUAGUCCGUACCAACGCAGUACAUGGAUUAUCACAUUGUUCAGGUAUAAAAUUACUAGGAACUCCUGAUCCUACUCUUCCUCUCCCUCCACUAGAUUUGGAAUUGGGAAGGUUUAGCACUUCCGCAGCUGAAGCCAUAAUGAAUGCUGGAGGGAAAGUGAAAGCUGUUUAUCAUAAUCGUUUAGCUUUGAGACAAGAGGUAUGGCCGGAGAAAUUCGAAGGGAGAAGAGUUAAGAAUGCUUUACCUGUGAGAAAAGCUGAUAUCGAGUAUUAUUCGAAUCCGAAGAAACACGGUUAUCUAGUAACUCCGUCCACUCCUUCAAAGCAGACACAAGUGGUAUGAU